ACUAUUCAGGCUUAUUACGUGUGAGGACUAGUCCUGUUACGAGACUGAAGCAUCUGGAAUAGGACUUUCUCCCUCCUACCUAUUCAUGAAGAAAAAUAAUACAUUGUUCUUUGCCUUUUACGCAUGAAUUUACAGACUACAGGCGCAUGCUUUACAACCCGAAACUUAUUUUCGGACGAGAUUCUACAGCCGCAUUGCAAAGGACUAAAACUAAAAACUAAAGAGGUGGGUGCUGAAUACAAAGUGAUACGGUGAUCCCAUGUUUCGCUCGCAUGACUAAUUAAUAUCAGUACUCGGUCUCACGCGCUCCUAUUUUUUUAUAUAAACUAUGGCGUUUAGAGCGAGAGCGUUGUACGACUUUAGUUCCGAAAAUCGAGGAGAGAUAUCGAUUACUGAGAACGAAGUUGUUACUUUGUACAGCGAACAAGAUGUCGAGGGAUGGUUAGAGGGAACUAACAGCAGAGGGGAGACUGGUCUUUUUCCAGCCUCAUAUGUGGAGAUUCUCACAAAUGAUUCAUCUGACAUCUCCUCCAACAACAAUGGUAUGUCGGCAGAUCAUGGUCAAGCCGAGUUGCCAUCAAGUGGAUAUGAUUCGUCAUACCAUUCCCAGUCCCAUUCUCGUGCUGAGAGCAUUACAGUUCCGAACCCUACCCACUCUGCUUAUUCUGUGCAAACUCCACAGCACCACAGUUACCCAACCAGUCAAGGUAGUGAUGACGACUGGGAUGAUGACUGGGAUGACAGCUCGACUGUGGCGGAUGAACCUGGAACGAUACAUGACAAUGAUAGAACUAGUUCCACAGCAUACACGGUCACUACCACUUUGCCUGAGAGACGUAGCAGUGCCCAAGCCAAAAGUUCAGCCACAGUGGGUAAAAACCUCAACAGGUUUUCAACCUUUGUGAAAUCAGGCGGAGAGGCUUUUGUGUUGGGCGAGGCGGCUGCCUUCGUCAAGGACGGGGACAAGAUCUGUGUUGUCAUGGGCCAGUAUGGGCCAGAGUGGCAAGAAGACCCAUAUCCAUUCGCCUGCUCCAUCGAUGACCCAACCAAACAGACUAAAUUCAAAGGCAUGAAGAGUUACAUGUCAUACAGACUGACUCCCUCUCAUACCCAGAGCCAGGUGAAUAGAAGGUAUAAGCACUUUGACUGGCUCUAUGCCCGCCUAGUCGAACGAUUCCCUGUCAUAUCAGUCCCCCAUCUGCCCGAGAAACAGGCCACGGGGCGCUUCGAACAGGACUUUGUCUCCAAGCGCAGAAAAGGUUUAAUAUGGUGGAUGAACCACAUGACGAGCCAUCCUGUCCUGGCCAGGUGUGACGUCUUCCAGCACUUCCUCACCUGCCCCAGCACAGACGAGAAGACGUGGAAGAUGGGCAAGCGAAAGGCGGAGAAGGACGACUUGACUGGAGCUAACUUCUUCCUGACCAUCUCCACCCCGGCCGUUCCACUGGACCUACAGGAGGUGGAGAGCAAAAUAGACGGUUUCAAAGCCUUCACCAAGAAGAUGGAUGAGAAUUGUCUGUUAGUCAACGCUACCAUCAACGAGUUCGCCCGGAAGCAGAUCACCGGAUUUAAGAAAGAGUAUCAGAAAGUGGGCCAGUCCUUCAAACUGCUGGGCCAAGCCUUUGAGAUGGACCAACAGGCCUAUUCUGUAGGACUGAACCGUGCCAUAGCAUUCACAGGAGAGGCCUACGAGGUUAUAGGAGACUACUUUGCUGAGCAGCCCAGACAGGAUUUGGACCCCAUAUCGGACCUGCUGGACCUGUACAAGGGGCACCUGGCCAACUACCCUGAUAUCAUCCAUGUUCAGAAAGGUGCCCUUACCAAAGUGAAGGAGUGCCAGAAACAGGAAGGGGAGGGAUCAACCAUCAACGAGCGCUGUAACAUCAUUUCCUGCGCCACGCUGGCUGAGAUCCAGCACUUCCACCGUACGCGCGUACGUGACUUCAAGAGCCAGAUGCAACACCACCUCCAGCAGCAGAUCAGCUUCUUCCAGAAGAUCACUGGGAAGCUAGAGGAGGCACUGCAGAAGUACGACGAAUGUAUCAUAUAAGGGCCUGAAGAAAGGCGGGUGACUGCAGAGGGAUGGGAGAGAGGAUGGUGGGGACAGAGGGAGAGAGAGAGAGAGGGGGACUUAGAGAGGGAGAGAAAGAAAGAUGGCUAGAGAUGAUAAAUAAAGUGCCCGGGAGGAGAUAGGGCAUUUGAAUGACUUGUUCAGUUCUCCAUGACCAGGUUAUUCAUCCAUUCUACAGUCGGAAGUGAGUGGAUCUAUGCAGGUGAUGCAGUGACGGAUGGGAAAAUGGGGGAGGAAGAUACUGAAGAUGCUCCUUCAUUGACGUUGUUGUCCGCAAAACUUGAUCAUGUAGUCUAGCUUGACGGGAUAUGCUAAGUCAUCACAUACAAGAAGUGUCACUUCAGAAACGAGUGGGAUGUCUUCCAAAAGGAACUGUAUAGAAUUGCAAAGAUAUCUCUUAAAAUACAUGUUUAACCUGUUGCAUUGAAUCCCCCUCAUUUGCCUUUUUCUCUGAACAAAUAUAACAAUUUCCGUUUCAUGGCAAAUAUGAAUGACAUGUCUCUUUGUGUGUGUGUGUGUGUGUGUGUGUGUGUGUGUGUGUGUGUGUGUGUGUGUGUGUGUGUGUGUGUGUGUGUGUGUGUGUGUGUGUGUGUGUGUACGUGUGUCUUAUCAUAGAGGGGGCAACCAAGGGGGGAUUGGUAUUUCAAUAUUCUGUUGUAGUUUCUGAACCUCAUUAUUUGAGACCUCCCAGAGAGCUCUGUGCCAGGAACCAGCUUUAAGAUUGUAGAACACUGGAGGAGAACAGAACACUUGAUUUUCCAUUCCUUCUUAUUGUUCCCAAUGGAGAGGGAGGAGGGAGGCACAAAUAACUCAGCCAGAAUAAUACUGCAAAUGAUGUCUCUGUGGGAUUCCCUGAUGUCGAAGGACAUUGUUGAAAUGAAAUCCUUCCUCCUGCACAUGUACUGUAUGUGAAUUUGAUGAUUGAAGGACCAUUGAUUGGUAUCCUCCCAAAACACAGUUGUUGGAUGAUAGCCAAAAGUGUAAUGUAUGUAAGUUAUUUUCCCAGGUUGAUUACGGUAGUGCUAGAUGACUUGGCACACAUCGCCCCCUGAACAGCCUAAUACAUGUAGAAGGGACCUCUAUCACAGUCUAUUUACUUGAUCACACAAGGAACACUGUGUAGUCCUUUUUCUCAUGUUUGCCCGGUCCACAUUCAGCGGACAGCAUGGCUGCAAUUCAGGUACUACUACCAGGCCCACUGUUAUUGAUAUAGGACACCAUCUCUUCUCCUCUCCCAAUAGUCAAGUUACUCCACCUCCACUGUGUUCAUUAUUUAGACCAGAUUCCUUUUCCACUAGCUCUGGAUCAAGUUACAUCUGAAACACUUGAAGGGAAUUGAAAUGGGUUGUUGUUCUUGUUAACACAGAUAUCUUUCUGAACUGAGUUUGCUGUAUUUGCUCACCCAUGUCCAGUGCUGGACUUGGGAUGAAAGAAGUGCAGGAGCUGUCUUUUCCCAAGUCCAUCCAUUAGAUUAUGUUUACCGAAGUUCAGUGGUGUAAAGUACUUAAGUAAAAAUAAUUUUAAGUACUACUUAAGUAGUUUUUUGGGGGGUAUCUGUACUGUACUAUUUAUAUUUUGGACAACUUUUGAUUUUAAUCCACUACAUUCCUAAAGAAAAUAAUGUACUUUUUACUCCAUACAUUUUCCCUGACACCCAAAAGUACUCGUUACAUUUUGAAUGCUUAGCAAGACAGGAUAAUUGCCUAAUUCACACACUUAUCAAGAGAACAACCCUGGUCAUCCCUACUGCCUCUGAUCUGGCAUACUCACUAAACACAAAUGCUUUGUUUGUAAAGGAAAAUCGUGUCGUCUGGUUUGCUCAAUAUAAGACAUUUGAAAUGAUUUAUACUUUUACUUUUGAUACUGAAGUACAUUUAAAACCAAAUGCUUUCAGACUUUUACUCAAGUAGUAUUUUACUUGGUGACUUCUACUGGAGGCAUUGUCUUUUAAGGUAUCUUUACUUUUACUCUAGUAUGAAAAUCGGGUACUUUUUCCACCACUGCCGAAAUUCACAAAUGGUGUGCUAUAGAGACCUCUGAUCGUUUUAAGGGUUCAUACACAUUUUCCAUGACUUCUCUAUAACUUUUAACCAACUUUUCACGACUAUUAUUUUAGCUUACAUGAAAAAGUAAGAAUUAUUGACACUGGAACACUCCUGUGUCUGAUCUCAUGUAGGCCUUCCAUCUUCUGCCGUUGUGCCCUUGAACAAGGCACUUAACACUUCCACAAAGUUGUCAACACGUGGUCAACUCUCCAUCUGGAGAGCUCCUGGGUAUGCAGGCUUGGCUUUUGAUCCAGCCCUGAAACACCCAAGGUACUGUUGAGCAGCUGAUGUUUCGGCUACAAUGUGAUUAGACCAGGGCGUGAACAAAAGCCUGCACACUCAGUAGCUAUCCUGGAGGAUGGUUGCCACCCUUGAUAUAAAAUAUUGCAACAUCACAACCAAAUACUUUAGUUUUUAUCAAAUGAUUCCCAGGCAUCACAUGGAUAGGCUACUUCAAAGCAAAGUAUCUAACUAGACAUGUUUAUAUGCAGUGCCUACGGAAAGUAUUCAGACCCCUGGACUUUCCCCACAUUUUGUUAUGUUACAACCUUAUUCUAAAAUGAAUUACAUUUUUUUAAAUCCUCAGCAAUCUACACACAAUACCCCAUAUUUGUAUUUAUUUAACCUUGAUUUAACUAGGCAAGUCAGUUAAGAACAAAUUCUUAUUUACAAUGACGGCCUACCCCGGCCAAACCCUAACCUGGACGAUGCUGGGCCAAUUGUGCACCGCGCUAUGGGAUUCCCAAUCACGGCCGGUUGUGAUACAGCCUGGAAUCGAACCAGGGUCUGUAGUGAUGCCUCUAGCACUGAGAUGCAAUUCCUUAGACCAUUUAUAAAAACAGGUUUUGAGAAAUGUUUGCACAUUUAUAUAAAACAUUUAAAUAAAAAAAAAGCAGAAAUACCUUAUUUAAAUAACUAUUCAUAUCCUUUGCUAUGAGACUCGAAAUUGAGCACAGGUGCAUCCUGUUUCCCUUGAUUAUCCUUGAGAUGUUUCUACAACUGGGGUAAAUUCAAUUGAUUGGACAUGACUUGGAAAGGUCUAUAUACAGUGGUGGAAAAAGUACCCAAUUGUCAUACUGGAGUAAAAGUAAAGAGACCUUAAUAGAAAAAGUGAAAGUCACCCAGUAAAAUACUACAUGAGUAAAAGUCUAAAAGUAUUUGGUUUUAAAUAUACUUAAGUAUCAAAAGUAAAUGUAAUUGCUAAAAUGUACUUAAUGUAUCAAAAGUACAAGUAUAAAUAAUUAAAAAUGCCUUAUAUUAAGCAAAGCAGAAGGCCACAUUUUCUAGUUUUUUUUGUAUUUACGGAUAGCCAGGGGUACUCUCAUAAUUUACAUAAUUUACAAACGAAGCAUGUGUUUAGUGAGUUCGCCAGAUCAGAGGCAGUAGGGAUGAUUGGGGAUGUUCUCUUGAUAAGUGUGUGAAUUAGACAAUUUUCCUGUCCUGCUAAGCAUUCAAAAUAUGAGUACUUUUGGGUGUCAUGGAAAAUGUAUGGAGUAAAAAGUACAUUAUUUUCUUUAGGAAUGUAGUGAAGUAAAAGUUGUCAAAAAUAUAAAUAGUAAAGUAUUCUGUAUUGAAUGUAUUGUAAUGUAAAAAAUAAAUCAUAAUAAUUGUAUAACUGC